AUGUGUACCCAUUCAAUGAUCACCGACACAAAGCUCAGGAAGGCGCUCGGCAAGAAAAGAGAUGAUAUCGAGAUUAUUUCUGAUUCGCACGGGCUCAACGCCAGAAUCAGCCAGGCCGGAAAAAUAUCAUUUUUCUAUCGGUAUCGCUGGGCCGGUAAAGCGGUAAAACUCAAUGUUGGUGAUUAUCCUGCAAUGAGUAUCACCCAGGCAAGAGAGCGUCGCCAACAAUUCAGAAACUGGUUAACUGAGGGACUGGAUCCGCGAGAGCAGGUGAAGCUGGAUAAGCAGACCCGACAGGAAGCGAUGUCCGUUGCCGAAGCGUUCAAUUACUGGAUUGAAAGGCACUGUAUCGCUAACGGGCUAGUUAAAGUCGAUUACUAUCGCCAGGUGUUUGAGAAACAUAUCGCCGAACCGAUGAAGAAUGUCAAAGUCGAUAACACAGCGAAAAUGCACUGGAUCAACGUCUUCGAUUCUAUAGAAAGCAGGGUGAUGGCUCAUUACAUGCUUUCGCUGUGCAAACGGGCGUUUAGGUUCUGCGUUAACAGAAGUGUGAUCGCCUCAAACCCACUCGAGGGAUUACUGCCAUCUGAUGUCGGGCAAAAGCCUAAAAAGAGAACUCGCAGGAUGGACGAUGACGAUCUGCGCAAAAUCUAUCAGUGGUUGAAAAGCCAUAUGUCGAUAGAGUCCGUUUUCCUGGUGAAAUUUAUUAUGCUUACCGGAUGCCGUACGGCUGAGAUUCGACUUAGUGAGAGAUCAUGGUUUCGAUUGGAUGAUAAUGAGUGGGUCGUGCCUGCGGGCAGUUAUAAAACUCGGGUACAUAUUAGAAGGGGACUCUCAGACGCCGCCGUUAACCUGGUCAGAAAUCACCUCAAGAAAAUAAACACCAAUCACCUGGUGACUUCACAACGUAAAAUUGAUGGCGGGAUCAAAGAUUCGCCCGUUCAUUCACCUGUGGCAUCCAAUUACGCCCGUUCUAUUUGGAAUGGAACAGGUAUGGCAGAGUGGUCGCUUCAUGAUAUGAGGCGGACGAUAGCCACAAAUCUCUCUGAGUUAGGUUGCCCGCCGCACGUAAUUGAAAAGCUGCUCGGGCAUCAGAUGGUGGGGGUUAUGGCGCAUUACAACCUUCAUGACUAUAUCGAUGAUCAGAAACACUGGCUCCGCGUUUGGCAGAGCCAUCUUGAAGAGAUCAUCGGAGAGCCCUUCAGUUAA